AUGGACCGCGCCUCCAAGCUAGAUGGCUCGAUCCCCGUUCCAGCCCUCUUGUACCCGGACGAGACGCUCCUUGCAGACCAAGAUGGCGUAGGAUUAUACGAUGGCCAGGCCAAAGCGCCAGACCAUCAAUUGGGCAGCGUCCAUGUCACCUCUCAUCGCCUGCUGUACAUCGAUGCCAUUCAUCCGCGCAGAAACUCGCUCGAGUUUAUGCUCUUCCAUAUUGCCCAGACAGAAUACUAUGGUGGCUUCCUAACUUCGUCGGCCAAAAUCACCAUCAUCUUCCAGCCCUCUGCGCGGACAUCCUCGUCCGUUGAUCAACCGGUUCCGCAUGCUUCGAACCCUGUAGCUCCUCGUUCUGCUCCCGAGCUGCCGACAACGACCACAACCACAACAGCCAUCAGAUGGGAGUGUGAGAUUUGCGGCUUCAAAAACGUCUCGACAGGCCUCACCCCUUCAACAAUCUGUCAACUCUGUGGUGUACCUAGGACGAGCGCCCUACCUGCGUCUGCAUCCACUACUACUUUGGGAAGUGACCCUGUCCUGAUGUCCACGUCCUCCAGGGCUGUAACCAGCGGCAGUGUGUCUUCGUUAUCCAAAUCGCUCCCCUCGUCGGUGAUUUCCACUCCCGGAAGAAGACUGUCGCCGCCGCCGCUACCCUCGACACUAUCGAGUACGAGUCCGGGAACGGCUAGCGAGGAAGAUGCGCAGAUUGCUUGUCCAGCAUGCACGUUCCUCAACUAUCCCUCGCUUCGCAAUUGUGAAAUGUGUGGCACUGUACUCCCCAAACCACCACCAUCAUCAUCGCACCACUCGCGGAUAGAUACUCCUCUGAAAGGAAGGUCGGCACCUUCCUCCCGUCCUGUCAGUCCAGCGCGGGAGUCGACGGGUGGAGGUGACAUCCUCAAGAUUUCGUUUCGUAAGGGUGGGGACAAGCAGCUCUAUGCAGCGCUCAAGACAGCGCUAGAGGCAAAAGUCUGGCAAGCCGUGGAACCUGCUGCGCCAGUUAGGAAGAAUAGGACCGGAAUCCGUAAGCUAGUCUCGUCAUUUGGGGAGAGUAACAAGAUGCGCUUACGACGUAUAGAUGGUCUGGUUGAGCUCCGCCGGAAUGAAGUCGAGUCUACGGCGACGAGUAUGCAGAGCGCACUGCAAGACCUCGAGGCGCUGAUGAAACAAGCAAAAGAAAUGGUUGCACUCGCUGAAUCCUUUAAUCGUUCGCUCAAGGAGCACGAGGCGCAGCGUGAGCAGCUCCCCGAGGACGCACAGUUUAUCAUUGGCUCGUCAAUGGCACGGCUUGGUCUUGUGUCAACUGUCCCUUCUUCGUUUGAGGACAAGGGAAAGUCGGAAGCCGAGUGGUUGGACGACUUGGCUAGAGAAUUGACGACUGUUUUGCUCGGGGUGAAUGGUGACGGCGGACUGAUGAAGCACCGAGGGAUGAUCGCCUUGGACGAGGUCUGGGGUGCCUGGAAUCGCGCAAGAGGCGUUGCUCUGAUCCCCCCCGCAACCUUUAUGCAAGUGUUACCAAUCCUGGCGACUCAAACGCAGCGACGAGUGCUCACGAGAGCCUUUCAUUCAAACCUCAAGGUUGUGCAUACGCCGUGGUACUCUCAAAAGUCGUUUACGUCUCGGCUCUUGACAUAUUUGGACGCUACGGGACCCAGGAAGACGGGUGAAAUUGCUCGACAGGAGAACCUCUCUGUUGGACUAGUACAGGAGAUGAUCUUUAGUGCAGAACAAGAUGGUGCCGUCGUUCGUGAUGAGGCCCUGCAUGUGGUUGGCGAUGAGAUGAGAGAGACAACGUGGUGGCGAAACCUGUUCGAAGGAUAUGUUUGGGACGGCGAGGAGGUAUGA